AUGUCAUACUACGAUCCGUACCAAGGCAACAACCAACAAUUUCUUGGUCAGCAGUACUAUCCCCAGUACAUUCCCCAAAAUCAGUACAAUGAUGUCGACGCAUUCCAGUUGAAUGAAAAUGGUCCAAAUAACCCCAAUGGCAAUUUCAAUGGCGCCGCUGGCAACAAUAACGACUUGCACCAUUCGAUUGAGCCCGACAUUUAUGGCAAUAACGGUAUUGAUUUCAAUGGAGGUGGAGCAGCAAGUAAUGGUGCUCCGUACAAUGCCAAUAUUGGUCUCUAUGGUAACCACAAUGGAGGUAUCGAUGCUCCUGCCAUUGGCAGCACCUUGGGUGGUGAAUUUUAUGCCGACGAUAGUUCUUACAACAAUGUUCCAUUCAUGCAAAAUGGAUUGGCUGGUUUUGCAAACCCAUCUGCUUAUGAUAGCGGUUUGAACAACCUUGGUUUUGAUCAGCACCAGCAGCAUCAAAACCAGAACCAGAACCAAAACCAGAAUCACAAUCAGAAUCACAAUCAGAAUCAAUUGCAAGAUCCACAGCAAGAACAACAACAACAGCAGCAACAGCAACAACAACCUGACAUGUUUCCAGUGGUUCAAGACGCAAUCGGCUCCUCAUCUGCUGCUGCGCCUUCAAGAACUGUUUACUUGGGUAAUAUUCCUGCAGACAUUCAACCUAAUGAAUUAUUGGACUAUGUGCGUUCGGGAAUCUUGGAGAAUGUCAAGAUUAUUCCUGCUAAAAACUGUGCGUUUAUUUCCUUUAUUGACCACCAGCUGGCUUUGCUUUUCCACUCGGACUGUAUUUUGAAGAAAUUGAACAUUAAAGGUCACGAUAUAAGAAUUGGGUGGGGUAAAAAUACGCCCAUCUUGCCAGCUGUCUUGGAAGCAAUCCAACGUGACGGUGCUACUAGAAAUGUUUAUUUGGGUAACCUCAACAAUCCGUUCACUGGAGAGUUGAUCACUGAAGAGGAAUUGAGAGAUGACUUGUCAUGUUAUGGUAUUAUUGACUCAAUCAAGAUCAUUGCUGAAAAAGGUAUUGCAUUUAUCCAUUUCCUUAGCAUUUUGAGUGCUAUUAGAUGUGUUGCCAACUUACCUCUCAAGGAAAAGUAUUUGGACAAAAAAUGUUUUUACGGUAAAGACAGGUGUGCUUUUAUCACAAAGACCCAGCAACAUAAUGCGGCACAGUAUUUGGGUUUGGCUCCAGGGAUGGAGCAUAUAGUCACUGCUGCUGACCGUGAAUUCAUUUCUAGUGCUUUGGUUCAGCAAUCUGCUGCUGCUGCGCAAAUUGCAACACAAGCAGGUGGUGCCAAUAACUUGGGUAAUCGUACUGUGUAUUUGGGAAACUUGCAUCAAGAGUCUUCGGUUGAAGAGAUUUGCAAUGUUGUGCGUGGUGGUUUAUUGCAGAGCAUUAGAUUCCUUAAGGAACGCCAUGUGUGUUUUAUUACAUUCAUUGACCCUAUUGCUGCUGCCCAAUUCUUUGCCAUGUGCCAAUUGCAUGGUUUAACCAUUCACAAUAGACGUAUUAAAGUUGGUUGGGGUAAGCAUUCUGGUCCCUUGAGUAAUGCCUUGAGCUUGGCAGUUUCAAAUGGUGCUUCAAGAAACAUUUAUAUUGGAAACUUGAAUGAUUUUGAAUUUUAUAACCCACAAAAGCUUAGAACCGAUUUCUCCAAGUUUGGUGAUAUUGAGCAAAUCAACUAUUUGGAAGAAAAGAAUUGUGCAUUUAUCAACUUUGUUAAUAUUGCCAAUGCCAUCAAGGCAAUCGAUGGAAUCAAGUCUUUUCCUGAUUACAAGAAUUUGAAAAUUAAUUUUGGUAAGGACAGGUGUGGUAAUUUGCCAAGACAAUUUCAGAACCAUAUCCAUAACAACCACAAUAAUUUCCAAAACCAGAAUCAAAAUCAGAAUCAAGAUCAAGAUCAAGAUCAAAAUCUGGACCAAGGAGAGGGACAAGAUCAAAAUCUUGAUCAAGCUUCUGACCAAAUGAGUCAACAUCUGAGCCACAGUCAGCAACAAACAUCAGCGUUGGGUUUGAAUGUUGAUGGUGGAAAUGGUGGUGCUUUUGGAAUAAUUGAGGCUCAACAACCACAUGCUGCCAGUCCCUUUUCUGAUGGGAGAUCUACUCCAGCCUCGCAAAACUCCCAUCAACCACAUCAACAACAACAACAACAACAACAACAACAACCAUCAUUGCAUAAUUUAGAAGGUUUUGAGAUCCAAACUCAAAGCCAACAAUAA